CCUUCACCGCGCCCGGCGCCACUCUGAUACCGCGCGGCCGUCGGCACUCACUCUAGAGUUCUACAUCUACACUAAACAUUCUUCAGUCUGUGAUCCACUGCUCGGGUAGCGCGUCCUCUGUGCUCCGUCUGUUCGUCUGUUUCUCUAUCGCAACCAAGUCAUACCAAUGUUGGUGUGGGUAUUAAUGAGCAGUGUGGUGUUGGUGGCUGGUGACGUGUCCCACCUGCUGGAGACGAGUACGUUGCCGCCGCCGCCCCGGCCGUACGCGUUCUCGUACACGGCGGGAAGGUUCCCCGGGCACACCGACCGGCAGCACGCGGAGGUCAGCGAUGGCAGCGGCGUGGUGCGAGGAACUUUCUCGUACGUGGACCCGCGGCAGAAGGUCCGCACAGUGGACUACGUGGCUGACCGUGAGGGCUUCCACCCGGUGCUGAGCGACGCGCCGCCAGACCACCCCAGUGACUCGGAGUCCGUCGCACGAGCUAAGGACCGCCACUUUCAACUCUACGCUAAGAUUGCUGAAGAGCAUGCACAGCACCCCCACCCUGAUGAGACAUCGGUGCCACGGCAGUCGGAGGCGGUCGCGGCUGCGACGGCCAAGCACGCUCAGCUGUUCCGAGUGAUCGCUGAGCAGCACGCACGGAUCGCAGCUGAGCGCGACGAGCAAGAGAGACAGCAGGAACUGGAGGGCUUGCGAGAAGAGGAGAGGCAGCACCUGCAGCCGCUCGCGCUCUAGCUUGCGUCACGAGAUUAUGAUGAAACUAUCUGAGGCGUGUAGUCGUGCAAUAACACUUCAUUUAAAAAAAAACACUGUUUAAAGGGUUAAAACGCUGAUUGAGCUGUAUUUUUACAUUAGAUUUUGCGUAAAAGUUAUAUUUUUAUUAUUAUUUUAGUUAACCCAACGUUUUGAGACCUUUCCAGAACACAUGUUGAGGGGGACUUUUACAACUAGAUUUUUACACAAAAUCCAAUGUUACACAAUUACAAUUACACGCGAUUUAAUCCAUUAAACUUAUUUAAUGUUUACACUCGCGUUUAUCAAAAAGAAUACUAAUAACACUACAAAUAAAUAAAUGCAACUCAUAUCAUAUUACCUCCGUUCUGGCAGAUGUUACUGCUUCUAUGUCAGGGCAUCUGCUAGUUCCGUCAAUUUUCUCAUUUCUCUCAGCCACUUUUUAUAAUAAAACGAUUUUCGAAGAUUGCAAUUUUGAUGUAUCUUUAUAUGAUUAUAGACCGUGGUCUAAGAAUAUUAUCAUAUCUGCGAAAGGUUUCAUCAAACCGUUAAACAGAAAUUUUGAAGGAACGCUUUUGGAUUCAUAUUCUGUUCAUAAUAGUUACUUAUUAUUCUGAGCUCUGCCUACACUUUCAGUCACAAUUUAUAUUUUUCUACAUUUAUACUUUGCCUACUUAAAAAAAAAUAAAGAACUAGCACUCGGUCAUUAACUAUAAAUGACUUUCUUGUGUAAUCCAGUAGUACUGAGUUUUUAUUAUAUAGGUGCCUUACAUUAUAUGGAAUACCAAUAUUCCAAAAUACCAAUUGUAUGUUAAUUGUUGAUUGUCGAUGUCAGCAUUCAAAUUCCGUUAUCUAAAUGUUGUGUUUUGUAAGCCAUAUUGUUAAAUUAAUAUUUAAUAAACUAUGUAUGUAUGUAAAUACUUUUGAUCUA